AUGUCGUCCAGUGCAGGCCCAAGUUUUGCCCAUCGAUCCGUUUCGAACAUUCGGACCGAGACUGGUAGCGGCUCUAGUCUUGGUGGCCCUCUCAGCCCGCAUACCCCGUCCCGCACGGUAUCGUCUACAUUUGGUUCGCCGUCUAGCUUACGAGCCGAGGAAGAUAUCGUCGUAAUUGAACUAGGAUCUCGAUUCAUCAGACUCGGGUUUGCGGGUGAGCCAACAGCCAAGGCGACCAUCUCAAUCGGACCAGAAGAGCAACGUCGGGUUGGGGAUUACCGUGCCUGGGACCCGGAUCACCAACAUGACUGGAGACGACGCCCGAGAGGCAAGGCCUGGGGCAAUGAUCAUCAGCUCUGGCAGUUCGAUUUGCGAUUAACAGACCUGGGUCUUGUCGAAGACAAGAUUGAUCGAGCUAUUAGAGAAGCCCUGACCAAGUUUCUCCUUAUCGAUUCGCGACCUCGUAGGACUGCCCUCGUCCUUUCCUCAUCGGUACCUCUGCCGCUCCUCGGAGCUGCCCUCGAUGUUCUCUUCCACCGUUUCCAAGCACCGACAGUUUCUCUCAUGUCUACCGCGGUGGCGUCUGCCGUUGGAGCUGGUGCUCGAUCUGCGCUGGUUGUGGACCUCGGCUGGGCAGAAACGGUAGUGACGAGUGUGUACGAAUAUCGCGAGAUCCGUACAACGCGGACCGUACGCGGAGGCAAGAUGCUGGUUGAUGAAGUGCAUAACCUCAUCCAGGCGGCCUUAUCAGAAAAUCCCGCCCAAUCACAAAGAAUUCGCCAAGAAAAAGAACAUGGCCAACAUUCGGUGAGCUUUGAGGAGUGUGAAGAAGUGGCACGUCGUAUGGUCUGGUGUCGUCAAUCAGACAGCGACCGUGUCUUGGCGGCAGAGCAAAGGCGACAUCAACACCACGGAGAGGGUUUGCCCACAGUCGAGGAGCAGGAUGAGUCGGCACCACCAUCGCCUACAGUUCCUCAGCAAUCGAAGGGAAACGUUGAGAUUCCGGUUCUGUCUGUUAGUCCAUCUGUGACCUUGACUGUGCCAUUCCAGCAACUAUCCGAUCCGUGUGAGACUACCUAUUUUGCGCCGCAAUUCUGUCGCAGCAGCUUCGACGACGACGAAAUACCAGUUCACCAGCUCAUUCACCAGCAUCUCUUGCGGCUGCCUAUCGAUGCUCGGGCCGUUUGCAUGUCUCGCAUCAUUUUCAUUGGUGGCUGUUCCAGAGUGAUUGGAUUACGACGCAGAAUAUUUGACGAGCUGCUACACCUGGUUCACGAGCGCGGAUGGGAUCCCAUUCAAGGCCAGGCACCGGCAAAUUACAAAAACAACUCGCGGCUACGGAGAGCCACGUACCGGCAGACUACCAGUGGCCCAACAGAGGUCGUUCUUGAAGAGGGACCGACAGAAACUAACUCAGACUCGGCACAUAACGCUCCUCGAGAUGCCGCAGACAUCAUCGAGGACUCACUUAGAAAGCGCGACAACACAUAUUCAAACAAACAAGGCCAACUUCGACCUCUGGAGUCGCUUGGACCAUGGGGAGGCGCCAGUUUGACAUGCCAGCUGAAGGUCGCAGCGAUGGCAAACAUUGAUCGCGAGCUUUGGAUACAACAUGGAGUCAACGGUGCUUCGCGGCCUAACGAAAUCGAUGUCAAGGCUCAACAGCGGCAAAGCAUGGGACCAGGGGGCUUGAUGCGAGGAGCUACUGGCGGGAGCAUAGCAAACUGGACGCUGGGGGUGUGGGGCGCUGUCUGA